GGAAGGAAAGGAAACCAAACUUAGUUCAGACUGGGCAGUGGAGAGGGAGAGAAAAGCAGCUGCAGGUCCCAGGAGUCAGCUCCGAGCCCACAGGCUCUCUCCCCUGCUCUGUGACAUGACAGAGCUCAGUGGCAUCCCAGCCAGGGACCUGGACAGGUUCAUCGAGAACCACCUCAUGGUGGACACACCUUUCCGCACAAAUGUCAGAGCAGCCAUCCACAUCAUCAGCAGUUUCCUGAAGGAGAAAUGUUUCCAGGGUGCCUGGACCCCCGUGCGGGUGUCUAAAGUCGUCAAGGGUGGCUCCUCGGGCAAAGGCACAGCCCUCGGUGGCAAAUCAGACGCCGACCUGGUCGUCUUCCUCAACAACUUCACUAGUUUUAGGGAUCAGUAUGAGCUCCGAGGAGAUUUCAUCAAAGAAAUUAGGAGACAGCUGGAAGCCUGUCAGAGCCAGAAAACAUUUAAUGUGGAGUUUGAGGUCCAGAAUCCAAGAUACGAGAGACCCUGAGCUCUCAGCUUUGUGCUCAGAUCCCUAACGUUUUAUGGCUGGCAACGAGAGGGGGUGGAGUUUGAUGUUCUGCCUGCCUUUGACGUCCUAGGUCAGUGGAAUGGCCACAGACCCAACCCCCAAAUCUAUGCCCGGCUCAUCCAAGAGUGUGAGGACCUGGGGAAAUGGGGCGAGUUCUCCCCCUGCUUCACGGAGCUGCAGAGAGCCUUCCUGAGGGACCGUCCAGCCAAGCUGAAGAGCCUCAUUCGCCUGGUGAAGCACUGGUUCCAGAAGUGCAAGGAGAAGCGUGGGAAGCCACUGCCUGCUCAGUACUCCCUGGAGCUACUGACUGUCUAUGCGUGGGAACGUGCCGGUGAGAACCCAAAUUUCAACACAGCUGAGGGGUUUCGCACAGUCUUGGAAUUAGUCCUGAAGUACAAGAAGCUUUGUAUCUACUGGACAAAGUAUUACAACUUUGAAAACGACAUUAUUGCAAAAUAUUUGCGGAGGCAACUCAGCAAACCCAGGCCCGUGAUCCUGGACCCCGCUGACCCCACAGGGAACGUGGCGGGAAGUGACCAAAGUUCCUGGGUGCGGCUGGCAGAAGAGGCCCGCACCUGGCUGAGCUACCCCUGCUUUAGGAAUUUGGAUGGGUCCGCAGUGAAGGCCUGGAAUGUGCAGCCGUCAGAAGAUUGAGCAUGUCCUGUAUUCAGGGCAGCGGCCUGGAUUCUUCCAGGGCUUCUGAACAUGCCAGGAGAUCGACCUUCCCUAGAUGCCUUAUACUCACGAUGAGACAAACAGUAUCCCAGUGACAAAUACCCCUUGGAUGAUGUCCUUGCCCUGCAUGAUGUUAUGGAUGUUAUGCUUAGCAUAGUGAUCAUAGUGAAUACCACACAAAAAAAGUA